UGGUCCAGGCCAAAGGGGAUGCAGCUAGUGUAGACUAGGCGGUAGUUCAGGGAAUGGAGAGAAGUGGGAAUAAAGGGAUAGUGAAAGGAGGCGUAUUUCACUGUCAGGUGAUCAGGUAUAGGAGGACAAGUCAUACAUUUGGACUUUACAGAGCAGUGGACACUCAGUCAGCUGCUGUCAGCGCCUGGGGCUUAGGGGAGUGCCCCUGGCUGGAGACAUGGCAUGGAGUGCCAUCAGUUAGGGAGCCCUGGGCACAGGUAAGAGAAGAUGUGACAGCAGGAGGGAAAGAGUCUGGGGCCCAGCUGCAGGAACCAACACCCAUAGGCUAUUUGUAUAAAUGGGCCAUGGGGCCUCCCAGCUGGAGGCUGGCUGGUGCCACGAGGGUCCCACAGGCAUGGGUGUCCUUACUAUAUCACAUGGCCUUCACCGAGACUGGCACAUAGAUUGCACCUAUCAGAGACCAAGGACAGGACCUCCCUGGAAAUCUCUGAGGACCUGGCCUGUGAUCUAGUUGCUGCCUUGUCCUCUUCCUGCUAUGUCAUGGCUUAUCUUCUUUCACCCAUUCAUUCAUUCAGCAGUAUUAGUCAAUGUCUCUUGUAUGCUUGGCACCUGCUAGAUGGUCCCCGAGUUUACCAUUAGUGGAAAAGGCAUUUAAGAAAUUCACCAAGGGCUCUAUGAGAGGCCAUACACAGUGGACCUGACUAGGGUGUGGCUUCCCUGAGGAGCUGAAGCUGCCCAGAGGCCCAGAGAAGUGGAGCUGAGCACGUUUGAACCACUGAACCUGCUCUGGACCUCACCUCCUUCCCUUUGGUGCCUCCCAGCAUCCUAUCCUCUUUAAAGAGCAGGGGUUCAGGGAAGUUCCCUGGAUGGUGAUUCGCAGGGGCAGCUCCCCUCUCACCUGCCGCAAUGACUACCCCUCCCCAUCUCAAACACACAAGCUCACGCAUGCGGGACUGGAGCCCUUGGGGACGUGUGGCCCAAAGACUCAGGAGGUACUGGGGCUCAGUGCGUGCAGUGGAAUGAACUGGGCUUCAUCUCUGGAAGGGUAAGGGGCCAUCUUCCAGGUUCACCGCCGCAUCCCCACCCCCGGCACAGCGCCUCCUGGCGACUAACAUCGGUGACUUAGUGAAAGGACUAAGAAAGACCCGAGGCGAGGCCGGGACAGGCCGAUUUCUAGCCGCCGCGUGGAGAACAGCUUGGAGCGGUGGGUGGGGCUUAGCGGCGUUGCUGGAGGAACGGGCGGAGUCGCCCAGGGUCCUGCCCUGCGGGGCCGAGCCGAGGCAGGCGGUGACGUUACCACUCGGGGCGGAGCCGCAGCCUCGCGGGGGCGGGGCCUGGCGCCGGCGGUGGCGUCACAAAAGGCGGGGCCGCAGUGGUGUCCGAGAAGUCAGGCACGUAGCUCAGCGGCGGCCGCGGCGCGUGCGUUUGUGCCUCUGCGCGGGUCUCCGGUCCUUCUGCCAUCAUGCCGAUGUUCAUCGUAAACACCAACGUGCCCCGCGCCUCCGUGCCGGACGGGUUCCUCUCCGAGCUCACCCAGCAGCUGGCGCAGGCCACCGGCAAGCCCCCCCAGUACAUCGCGGUGCACGUGGUCCCGGACCAGCUCAUGGCCUUCGGCGGCUCCAGCGAGCCGUGCGCGCUCUGCAGCCUGCACAGUAUCGGCAAGAUCGGCAGCGCGCAGAACCGCUCCUACAGCAAGCUGCUGUGCGGCCUGCUGGCCGAGCGCCUGCGCAUCAGCCCGGACAGGGUCUACAUCAACUAUUACGACAUGAACGCGGCCAAUGUGGGCUGGAACAACUCCACCUUCGCCUAAGAGCCGCAGGGACCCACGCUGUCUGCGCUGGCUCCACCCGGGAACCCGCCCCACGCUGUGUUCUAGGCUCGCCCACCCCAACCUUCUGGUGGGGAGAAAUAAACGGUUUAGAGACUA